UGGCGGACAAGAUGUCGAGAUAGAUUGUGAAAAUCAAUACUUCCAGUGUUUUUUACARAUCGUUAGCAGGAAAAUAUAGAACUUUACCUGGACGAUGUUAAUCUCUAGUUAGUCUUUACGGCGGGACCGAGUAUUAUGAGCAAAAGAGCGGGCUACUCAAAGUAUUCGAAGCUAAAGAUUGAAAAUGAAUCUUUUCGAGGAGAAGUCCAGAACAGAGCGGCGUCUCGAGUUUAUGUAUUUGGGAAUGAUUCAACGGAGGAUAWAUCCGUCGACGAUGCGUAUGAAAUGUCUGAAGUGCGAUCAAGGGGUAAAUCACACUAUUCGACAAGUUUAUACUCGCAAGAAUUUAACAAAAGCCAUCUUAUCGAGCGAGAAAUUCAUACUGACGAUACCUUACAAAAGUUCGCUCUCAACUUCGGUUGUACGAUGGAAGAAAUUAAACGAGUAAAUAACCUUUACUCAGAACAAGAUUUUCAUGCUUUACAAAAGAUAAAAAUUCCUGUUCAACCACAUGGCAUCCUUGCAGAAGAAGAUGAAAAGCAAAAAAAUAAACCAAAGCCCUUGAGUCUUGAUCCUUCAAUUUCUGCUGUAAAUGGAGAACUUGAUGAUGACGAUAAUAAUGACAAUGAUGARGAAGUUAGAACUAUAAGUAUUAGAUCAGCAUUAGAUUCCCCACAUAGCUUUCUACGCAAUAUGGACGAGGAUUURAAAAUGAUUUGCAAAGGAGCAUCACUGCGGAAAGCUAAUUUAGAUGAAGUGGCAAGAACUUUAACAGUGACUUGCAUUCAUCCUCUAAAACUUCAAGCACAGAAGAGAGACUUAGGGAAUGUUUGGGGAAUUGGAUGGCGAGGAUUUGCAGUAUUAGGGAUUAUAGUUGGAAUUGUUGUCCCAGGUUUUAUAGCWGCCAUCUGGCUGUGGCCRAAGGGGAAAAGUUAACAAAUGGAUCUCUAAAAAUAUCAAUUUAAUAUAAUAAAACAUGUUUUAUUAUUAGAGAAGUAAACAGAAUGCAAUAAAUAUAUAGAUGAAAACUUUAAGAUGACAAAAUACUUUACAGAUUUGUACAAAAUCCGUKUUCUGUUGCUUUCAUGCGUAUUAAAGUUAGAACUAGACAGAGUUAAAAGCCAUUAGAGGAGGGACAUAUUUAGGACRGGAUCAUAGGGUUCCUGUUAGGCUAAAUACCUUUAAUGACAAAUCCUGAAAAUGCCCCUUAAUUUUCUUUACAUUCAUUGAGACUCACUUUCUGAAUUCUAAUAGGAUGUCUUGAUGUUUUCUUAUCAAUGGGGAUCAGGUAGAAGUGGUUUUCGAUAACCCGUGGAGCAGAGAGUAAUAKCAAAAAAUGUAGUUAAGUGUGACACCAAAAAAAAGAAGAAAAAUGUGCAUUAUGAGAGUAAUAAAUUGUAGGGCAUUAAAGUGUGUUUCCCAGGUUACUGAAAAUCACUCUAACACAAGCUGUCUUGUGUUAAAAGCCCAUAAUAGGGUGCAUUCACUGAAAUUGUGAAACAAUAAUGAUACUAUUUUGAACCAAUUCUUUUUUCUUCCUUUGAUCAAUUAUACUUAUUAUAAUAUUAUAUACAAUAUUAUUUUGCACAAUUUAGUUAUGUGUUUCAUAGCUUUUUGUGAUUGUUCAUGCUCUAAAUCUGUGAAACUAAUAUUACUAAUCACUACUAAAAAGUGCAAAUUGGACAGAAGAAAACAAAGCAAUAACUAGCAUAAUUACUUAAUUUGUUUUGUUUCACAGAUUUAGUGCACUCACACAAGUGCWAAAAUUACACAAUUUAGUCAUUUUUAUGUUUUUUGCUUUUACUGAAAUUCKGAAUAGGCACUCUUAGGAUUUUAGAAUAUAUUAUUCGC